UAAAACGUUGGUACCUCAGAGGCCUCCCGGCCAAGUACAGAGAAAAAGUAAAGCAACGUUACCCUGAGACCUAUGAGGAAACAAAAGAUUGGGCGAUCAAGAUCGAGAAGCAUGAAAAAAGUGACGAAUUCGACCUGAAAAAGGCCAACGUGAUAGGAGAAGAAUCGGCUUGCCAGAUGGAUCCCGAUGUCGAUGACUUGGCUAAUGCCUUUUCUGAAUUAAAGAUUCGUCGAGUUAGUCAGGGCGGUCAAGGUGAAAAGGGCGUUGAAAGGAUUGACAAGUUAGAAUCUACCGUUAACGAACUUACCAAGCUUGUUAAGGACAUAGCCAAUAAUAAAAAUCAACCCAAUCCCAACCAGCAAAAUCGCCCCAGCCGAAAUCAACCAAGAGACAUCCAAGGGAAUUGCCGACAAAGGCAAAACCCCAUCCAUCCAGCACAGA